AUGCGCGCUUCUGCAAUCUCCGCGCUAGCGUGUUUCGUUGCGUUUACGGCAGCUCAGACCUUCCAGCGGCUGGGUGGUUGCCCUGAGUUGGGAUGUAUCUUCCCACCGGAUCAAGUUGACUUCCUAGCGGGUCAAUUCUUUGACAUCCGCCUCGAAGUACACUCCCCUGUCAAUGGCUCUGAAGCUCGCGUUGGAGAGCCAGACGAGAACUUCAAAUUCACCAUCGCCAAGAAAGGCCAUGGCAAGGGCAAGGGCAAGGGCAAUGCUCCUAUCUCUGCAACGGAAUACUUCAAGAUUGAUGAGCCUGAACUUGAGAAGUGGGACUUCACAUGGUUUGAAGAUCGGUUCGCCCAGGAUGCAGAAACACCUUCCCUUGUCAACGUGACCUCCAAAAUCUAUAGAAGAAUUGCGCUUUAUGAGCCCGGCGAAUAUGAGGCUACUUUGACAUAUUACGGGGAACAAAAGACAGUGGCCAACUGGUUCGUUCGUGAUCUUCCUACCAAGCGUCGCGCGAAGAACAUCGUCAUGUUCAUCGGAGAUGGCAUGACAACAAACAUGAUAACUGCAGCACGUCUCAUUGCCCACCGCAGCAUCAACGGAAAAUACAUGACAAAAAUGGCAUUGGACAAGUUCCCCGUGCUGGGUCACCAGAUGACACACUCCAUGGACUCGUUCAUUACUGAUUCGGCCAAUUCCGCGACUGCUCUUUACACUGGGCACAAGACUACCGUCAAUGCUUUGGGUGUCUAUGUAGACUCCUCUAGCGAUGCCUUCGAUGACCCGAAAUUCGAAACAAUCGCCGAAAUCUUCCGCCGCAAGAACAAGAACGCCGGUGUUGGCAUUGUGUCAACUGCGUUUUUGGCAGAUGCUACCCCCGCCGGCUUGGCUGCUCACACCAGUGAUCGCGGCGAAUACGACCAUGUCAUCGGCUCAUAUUAUGCAGGCGGUCUAACCGACUAUGAAUGGACAAACUGGGAUGGCCCCGAUGUGCUCCUUGGCGCUGGUGCGGAGGACUUCCUCAAGAGCGAAGAGACUCGUGAUUACUACAAGCUCUUCGCCGAGAAAGGCUACAACGUGGCCUGGAACAAUACUGCACUACACAGUGCCUCAAAUAAGGAGAAACUACUAGGUGUUUUCCAGAAAUCCAACCUCGCUACUUGGCUUGAUCGCAACGUCUACCAGUCCAACCUUUACAACCAGAGCAACUACCCAGAUGGCUCAGGCCGCGAUGCAGACGACUUGCCUGGACUCAAAGACAUGACCCUCAAGGCGAUCGACGUUCUAGACAAGCGACACCGCAAAGAUGGCUGGUUCCUGAUGUCCGAGGCCGCUAGCAUCGAUAAGCAGAUGCACACUCUGGACUACGACCGGUCACUUGGCGAGCUUCUCGAGCUCGACGAUACCGUACGCGCGACUAUCGAGAAACUCGAGAAGCUGGGUCAGCUCGAAGACACCCUUAUUGUCGUCACAGCUGACCACGGCCAUGGCUUCGACGUGACCGGCUCCGUUGAUACGAAGUACAUGGAAGCGCAAGAAGACGACCGCAGCAAGCGCAAUGCGGUUGGAUAUUAUGAAAACUCUGGCUUAUCGCAAUACACUGUCGCUGGAUCCAACGCCUUGCGAUACUCUGAAGGAGUCCACUUCCCGGCCCAAUGGGACCCAAGAUAUACCCUGCACGCGGGUGUUGGUGCCUUCCCUGACCAUCGGGAGGAUUACCGGGUUCACAGCGAGGGUCCUCGCACGCCUGCCGUGAAGGACAAGAAUCAUGGCUAUGUUGCUAACUACAAGGACGCGGUUAGUGGUUUCAUGGUCAAUGGAACCAUCCCCCUUGACGCAGCGCAGGGUGUCCACUCGUUGACCGAUGUGCCGGUCUUCGCACGCGGCCCGUGUCAGGAGCUGUUUGGAGGUGUAUAUAGCUCGAUUGAUAUUUUCUUCAACAUGGCUGAAUGCCUGGGUUUGUCGGAGACGAAGGGACAUGGAAAGCCCGGGCAAGGUGGGAAGCCCGGGGGUGGACAUUAG